UAUUGAUGACAGUCUGCCCAGCAAGCCCUUUACAAAUGAGAUGAGGUGGUUAUCCAUUGCUAUAGUAUAGGUUGUGAAAUAUGGUUAAGUCCAGAGAUGAGCUUACACGGGUUUCACUGAGAUGGCUUUCCCAGCAGACAGAAAGAACAUAGUAGAUGAAUGUAGGAGGAAAUGAGGGAAAAACAGAAAGAGCAGAGUUAGGUAAUACUGUGACGCAACAGGAUGUGAUCCUGAUAUUCCACUUCUGGCCUUCCAGGUGUGUUAGUGUAAAGGGCAGGGCUAUUGGCGGUAGCCCAUCUGUCUGCAAGUUGGAACAGUGUUCAGCUGCAGUAUAAAUACAUACACACCUGAACCUGACUCAUAAACACACAGACUUUACACUGACAUUCUAAAGAAGCUGAGACACAGCUUAGGUGGAUGUAUACGUGCUGGUGGUGUAUUCAGGUGGAUAUUUACCUGCUGGUGGUGUAUUCAGGUGGAUAUUUACCUGCUGGUGGUGUAUUCAGGUGGCUCUUACCUGUUGAACCUUACCCCAAGAGAGAAGUCACUCAAUUCGGCACUCUGAUCUACACUCUUUCUAUCACAUUGGACUUUGUGCACAAUAUACUAGUACAUUUGUCAGAGACAUUGAAUCCGACCUAAACCCCCAGAGAGCAAGCAGAGACGACAGAAGCAAGGGAUAGGUUGAGACUCCAAAGGGAUUGGUAGAAACCUUGAGAGGAACCAGACUGCAGCGACCAACUGGACCAAUGGUCUCUAUAUUUUUGGAAAUGCCACUGUGGAGACGGACAAAGGCUGGCGAUGAGGAGUGUAACCGCGCUGUCCUGGUCGCAGUGUCGAACUUUGACCACGGUGUACCACUGUGCAGGAGACCAGGGGCAGAGAAAGACGCCAAAAGACUCCACCGUACCCUGACCAGACUAGGAUACAGAGUGGACAUACACACUGACCUCACCUCUCAUGAGAUGUACACACUCUUCAAGACAGAGAGCGAGCGGCCGGUGAAGGAGUGUUUCCUGGCAGUGCUGUCAUCUCACGGGGAGGAGGGCUGUGUGUUCGGGGCAGACGGAAGGCCGGUUAGACUGUCCCACAUCUUCUCCUGCUUCAACAAUUCACACAUGGAGGGAAAGACCAAACUGUUCUUUAUCCAGGCGUGUCGUGGGGUUGAGCUGGAUGAUGGGGUGACAGUGGAGACGGAUUCAGCAGGAAGUGAUGUCAUUGAGGACACUCUGUCUCAGUACCUGUCCAUCCCCAUGGAUACAGCGGUGAUGUACGCCACCACGCCAGGUUACGGGGCCUUCAUGCACCCUCUGGGGGCUGUCUUCCUCCAGACACUCUGCAUCCUAUUGGAGGAGGAAGGGGGCAGAGCCUUGGAGCUGACACGCCUACUGACACGCCUCUCCCAUCGUGUAGCCUUUGGCUUCCAGGCCAAAGGUCGUCUGCUGGGGGGGAAGAAGGAAAUGCCUUGCUUUGUAUCGCGACUGACCAGAGAGGUAUUCCCAUUCGCCGAGCCCGAGAAGGAGGGCGGGGCCAAUGGGCUUUCUGCAACGACAUUGGUCAACCCAGAGUACAACAGACCUCGCAAACCAUCUAUAAGCUAAACCCGAAGUCUUUGUGAGAACUAAAGACACUUGUCGCUCACAGAUUGACAGGGUAGACUUGCUCUGUCAGCUACAUUAGUACGGAUGACUUUCAAUGUGUUGUUAGCCAGAGGGUUGUGAGUUUGUGCAAAGGUUGGGACAGAAUUUCCACUCUGUUACUUGUGUACAUGUUCGUGUGCAUAAUAGAAACAGAACAUUGUAAAGAUCAGAUAUGUGGAUAAAGGAACAGAUCUGGAGGUGUUGGUGGUUUCACCACAGAGUAGAUGAUUAUGGCGUCUUCCUUUAUAGACAUGCAUGUUAAAAUAUUCUAGAUAAUGAAUGGUAUACUAUGUUAUUUGAGUCUGUUUCUUUAAUUCAAAUGGCAACCUAAGGCUAAGCUUCUGCUUCUAUGCUUUUAUUUUAAACCAUUAAAUGUAAGUUGAACACGCAUGCUCAAUGUUGAGUGUGUUAAAAAACGA